AUGUUAAAGUACUUGAUUGAUACUGGAUUCUUCAAUGUUGGUUACCUGUUGGAGGAAUCAGAGAGUGUGGCCAACUACCUAUAUUCUACACGCUCAUCUUCCACCAUCAACUUUGUACUGGAUGAGAAUAACUUCCCCAAGCAACUUGUGAAUAGGAUCAAGGCCUGUGCAACUAAGUCUGAAUCACCAACCAACAUUCUUAUGACUGGUGAUACAACACUCAUUGAUCUGUUGAUUGGAAGAACUACAGAUCUAUCUCACAUUGCUGAUUCCAAAUUCGACAUACUUCCAAAUGCAACACCAACUCAACAACUGGAACACAUUGAAAGGUUGAAGAAUCACAAGCUUCUGCAAGUUGAUACACCAAGAACACAGGAACUAUCACAGCUUGAACAAUCAUUGGGAAUAUCAACUACAAGAGCAAAUGUAAUACUAUCAUCACAUAUUGAGAAGGAGUUGAUCGACAUUGGAGAUGAGUCCAGGAUGAUCUUUGCCAAACUGGCAGCACGACAAAUGUGCAAGGACUAUGUCAAGCAGACCUACAUUAAGACAGGUGAUUGCCUUCUCAUACCAUAUCUUAACGAACUGUGGGGAUACGAUUCAAACCUACUCAACAUCAUUGUGAAGCAUGGAACUGUCACUCAGGCAAAGGUACAGGUUGGCUACUGGAUUGAAUAUCUUCCAAGGAACAAUCUCUCUAGAUUCCCAAGCUCACCUUGCAACGGUCAAUUGUUUGACUUCUUUGCGAAAUGUGAUAAUCACUCCAAUGGACUACAGGUGGUCCGCUAUCUCAAUGAUAAGAGCUUCAUAUCGACCCGCUUCGAUGAUGGUUCCAAUACACCUUUAUUCCUUGGUGACAUGGACUGCAUCAACUUCCUCUUGUCAAAGAACAAUAGAAUAUUCCCGUGGCUCACACACCUCAAUAUUGUUGACCUCGACCUAUGCAUCUACGUUCUUCAAACACAAUGCAGCUACAUCAGUGAUCAGUGGGCUUACCUGGUUGCAUUGGCUGCUGUUUCAAUUCGCGACAUACCAUUGAUCCACAGAUUGAUCAGUCUGCGACCUGGCAUAUUCAAAAAGUCUGGACUGCUGAUGUUGGCAUAUUCCUUGGGCGGCGAUUUAUCACCAAGGUUGGAGAAGUCCUUGGCAAAAAUAUCAUCUUUAUUCCACUGGAGGAGGAUUGGUGAUUUUAGCAACAUUGAUGUGUUUGAAGGUGCCUACAAACAUCUGACCUCUGGCGCAGAUCGUGAUGAGCUCCUACUGAAUAUGAUUGAGAGAGCCGUCUAUCUCAAUAGAAUUGAGACAUGGACAGUUGGAGGAACUGGUUGGAAUAGCAGUUAA